CUGGGCACAGCCCCGAGAGUAUAAAGCGGCCGAGUUGGGAGCAUCGGCAGCCCAGCAGCCUCCAGCAGCCAUGAAGCCCCUCACGCUCCUCGCCCUGUUGGUCCUGGCCAUGCUCUGCUGCGCCAGCCAGGCGGAUGCCAAGCCCAGCAGCCCAGAGCCCCGCAGAGGUGCAGCCUUCAUGACCAGGCAGGAGGGCAGUGAGGUGGUGAAGAGACUCAAGCGCUACGUGGACCCUGGCCAGGGGGCCCCAGCCCCCUACCCAGAUCCCCUGGAGCCCAAGAGGGAGGUGUGUGAGCUGAACCCGAACUGUGACGAGCUGGCGGAUCAGAUCGGCUUCCAGGAUGCCUAUCAGCGCUUCUACGGCACUGGCACCGUCUAGAGCCUGCGCCCACGCCCAGGCUCCCUCUGCCCCAGACCUGCCCCCUGCCCUCAGGAGUGGGGUCCCCCCUGCCCUCACUGCCCCAGACCCUCCGCCCUCCUGGCCCUGCCCACAGGAAUGGGGUCCCCUCUCCCAGGUGCUGUUCCAGAAUAAACACCCGAAAGGACUUGGUUGUUGUGUCUUUGUCCCUCCCAGAGAGAGGUGCAGCAGGGUGGAGAAAU